AUGUCAGCAGUUAGUCCUGAUUGCAGCCCGCAAGGGAAGGCUCCGGGUAGACGGAGACCGAAGUUCCCAGAAAUGCUUCUACAACUAUGGAUUUCUUGUGGUGAGAACAUCGAUCCUCGCUUCUUGGCCUUUUGGUUAAGUUCACUCAUUCAGAAUGUGAUGGUAGAAAUCAACCUCAUUAUUUGUACUUUGGGUGGAAAACUCUUAGUGGUCCCUAUGGAUGGUAGCCAUUGGCUGAGCAUGAAACCUGUGACGGAGAGGCUGACAAAAAAUGGACAUGAAGUCGUAGUUCUAAUGCCAGAAAGCAGUUUAUCGAUGGGCAAUUCUAUGUUUUACACUGUGAAGACCUUCCCUAUUCCUUACAACAACCAGGAACUGGAAGCGCAUAUACAGAAGUAUGGAAGUAGUCACUUCAUUAAACCUUCUUUCCCAGGGGUCACCAUUGCAAUGUUUAACAGCAUGCUGGAUAUAUUACAAGUAUUCCACAAAAUUUGUGAAAGUUUAUUACACAACAAGGAACUUGUUCAGAGUCUCCGAGAGGAGAAAUAUGAUGCUGUUCUCACUGAUCCAUUUUCACUUUGUGGCACAAUAGUAGCAGAAUAUCUGGAUAUACCCUCUGUGUCUUUUUUAAGAGGAAUGCCAUGUUCCUAUGACUAUAUCAGUGCACAGUGCUCAAGCCCACUGUCAUAUGUGCCCAGAAUAUUCACCCAGUAUACGGACAAGAUGACCUUCAUGGAACGUUUUAAGAACGUACUGGUCAGGCUAUCAGAGUUCUACUAUUGUAAGGUUACAUACUUGCCAUGGAACCGCCUGGCUUCAGAAUUUCUGAACAGAGAGGUAACAGUUCUGGAACUUGUCAGCAGAACUUCAGUGUGGCUGCUGAGAUAUGACUUUGUCUUUGAGUACCCAAAGCCUAUUAUGCCCAACAUGGUGUUCCUUGGAGGAAUCAAUUGUGCUCUGAAUAACUCACUGAAAAAGAUGAAGUUGUUCUCUAUGUGUGGAACUGCGUUUUGUCUGCUCAUCCUAGGAUCUCUUAACUUGGCUCAAGGAGGAAAGCUCCUAGUGGUCCCUAUGGAUGGCUCUCACUGGCUGAGCAUGAAACCUGUAGUAGAGAAGGUGGCAGAGAAUGGGCAUCACGUUGUGGUUGUGAUGUCAGAAAGCAGUUUAACCAUAAACUUUAUACGCAUGAUAGAGGUAUCCAAAAUGCUCUAUGAGAUUUGCGAGAGUUUAUUACACAACAACGAACUCAUUCAGAAUCUUCAGAACAGCAAUUUUGAUGCUGUGCUCACAGACUCAAUUUCAAUAUGUGGGCUGGUUGUAGCAGAACAUCUGGGAAUACCCUCUGUGAGUUUUUUCAGGGGCCUUCCCUGUUCCUAUGACUAUAUCAGUGCACAGUGUCCAAGCCCUUUAUCUUUUGUACCUAGAUUGUUCUCCCAAUAUUCAGACAACAUGACUUUUAUGCAGCGUGUGAAGAACCUCUUGGUCAGAUUAACAGAGCCAUAUUAUUGUGGACAAUUGUUUUUACCAUUGGAACGCUUGGCUUCUGAGUUUCUCAAGAAGAAAGUAACCGUCCUGCAGCUCCAAAGCAAAUCAUCAGUCUUACUCUUCCGAUAUGACUUUGUCUUUGAGUUUCCAAGACCUAUUAUGCCCAAUAUGGUGUUCGUAGGAGGAAUUAACUGUGGUCUCAAGAAGUCUUUGACAAAGGUAGGAAGUACUUACUUGUGA